AUGGGGCCAGCCGCGGCCCGCAGGCGGCGCGCGGCAGCCCGCGUGCUCGCUUGCGUGCCCCAGUGGGGCUGGCGGCCUCGCAUGCUGAAGCUGUUCUUCUUCUGCCUCGUCGGCGCCGUCUGCGGCGAGCGCUGGAGCUCCCUGGGGCGCUGGAACCCCCACUCGCUGGCCACGGCGCACCGCCUCGACGAGGUCUCCGCGGUGCUGCGCAACGUCGGGGCCAUCGGCUUGCCUGGCACGGGCGUGCGAUCAUGGCAAGGUGAAGCUCACCAUGCGGCAUCGGCGCCAUACCACCACACUGCGCAGUUCGGCUGGGCUCGGAGUCGCCUCGUCACGAAGGCUGGCGGCUGCGCCGCCAUGAUCAACAAGACCUGGCUCGCCAAGAAGGAUCUCAGGCGGAUCGUCACCCCGCCCUUCGCUCUGCUUGGGCGCGGCGGCCCCGCGCACGUCUCGUCGGGGCCCGCCGCGGUCGCGACGACGGUGCGGUACUUCCCCCCGAAGCCGAGCAUGGGCGGAAGCGUCGAAGUCUACAAGGACACGUGCGACCAGCUGCUCAGGUGGGCGAAGCAGGAGUUCUUGGAGACCCCGCAGAGGUACACGCCCGUGAUCUGCAUGGACCUCAACCCGGGCCUGGUGGCCAAGGCGAACUCCGACGUCGUGGGCGCGUUCGGGCCCGAGAAGGAGACGGCGCGCGGGUCCGCCGCCCACGAGUGGCUGUCCACCGUCGGGCUCAUCGCCAUCAAUACCCACUACGAUUGUGGCCACACCUUCGAGGGGGCCAACGGCACCAGCCAGAUCGACUACGUCUGCACCCCCGCAGCGGCGGCGCCGCUGGUCUCCUGGACGAAGAUGGUGCUGCCGAUCGUGUUCGCCCCCCUGCGGGAACGCUGGGACCGCGCCAAGCUCAGCCAGGCCGCCCUGACGGGCGAGGGCCGCGAGGCGUUCCUGGACCAGCUCCAGUACGUGCUGGAGUCUCACUGCGCGUCCUUCGAGGCGCUGGAGAGCCGCGAGGUCACGACGGGCCACGCUGCGCUGCUGAUGAACAUGAUCCUGAAGCACUUCUCCCAGGCCCCUGCGUACAACGAGCUAGCCGCCCGCAUGACGAAUGAGAAGUGGAGGUUGCUGACGGGCCGCAGGACUCUGCUGGGUGACGCGCCUGCUGCGGCGGCGGCGGCUGACACGACGACAACUUCGGAGGUGGCCAAGCCGACAGUGGCGACCAAGGCGCACACGAAGACCCUGAAGCCACAUCGGCGGAAGUUCUUGGCGGAGAGGAGGAGGAUGACGGAGGAGGACCUGGCGCGCGCGUGGAAGCUGAGGGGCAUGGCGGCGUCCCCGCGGCUGUCGCGUGCUUUGGCUGGCACUGGCGCUGGCAUCAAGAACAGGAGCUACCGCGCGAACCCGAGCUUCUCGCCGUCGGUGUCCGAGUGGGUGCUGUUCCUGGAGCUCCCCCCGCUGAGUGGUGGCGUGGCGGGCGAAUCGGUGACAGUCCUGUGUUGUGCUGAGCUCACCGAGGAGAGGUGCACGCAGCUGAAGGACGCCGACGAGAUUGCGACCCCCGACAACUAUGAGGUUCCCGAUCUUGCGCUGGUGCAGGCGCUGAUGGACUUCAAGAUGACGGCCAAGGCGUCCUUCAGGCUCUCCAGGCUGGCGCUGCAGGUGAGGGGGACGGAGACUCUACCGCUCCAGGCCCCCCUCUCGUUCGGGUUCGCGCCUGGCAAGAAGAACGGGAAGGUCGCGGCGUGGAAGGGGCGUCAUAGUGGCCAACCCAUGCUUCACAAGAGCUACGACGCGACGAAUGCGUUCGCCUGCGGAUCGAAGGACCAGCUGGAGGAGCGCGCGCAUGCCAGGCUGGCGGGGGAGGAGGAGAACACGGAUGCUGAUAUCUGCUACGCCACGGCUGUGACGAGUACGAGACGAAGCCGCCUCACGGUGAUCAUCGACGCCGCUGACGACAGGUGCGCGGUUCGCAGUGGCAGCGGCGGCUUCAUGGGCGACGCGUCGCAGCCCGAGUUUGUCACGGAGAACUACCAUCAUGCGGUUCGCGCCUGGUCCGCCUUGCAGCGGAUGAAGGACGCGGCGAAGCAGGCCAAGGACGCGAACGACAAGCCCGCGGAGGCCCAGGCGGACAAGGACGCGGCCGCCGCCUCUCUCGCGCUGCGCGAGCUCGGCCCCCCGACGGCAACGAUGUUCUGCGCGAUGGUCGAGGCGCUCGCGGGGGAGGAGGUCGGGCGCGCCAACAGACAGACGCUCGAGGCGUGGUCCACGGCCAUGGUUGGCGACCCGCCCGGCUUCGUCAAGCUGUGCAGGUUCGAGAACUGGUACCAGAAGGACAUGGUCAAGAUCGUGUUCCCGAUCAACGACCAGACCAAGGAGAACAUCCUCACGGACUCAUUCAAGCAGCUCGACUGCGUGGUCACGUCGGGCACUGCGCCCGCUGGAUACAUGGAGGACGAGCUCUCGGCCUGGAUCGACGACUCCAGGAGGUCGAACUACCCCGUCUACCUCGUGGUGGACGACCGCUCUGACGUGUGGCCGCGCACAGCGUCGCGCCUUUGA